AUGAAACUAUUCAAAUCAGGGGUUGAGAAAAAGUUAAAAUAAGAGAAAAAAAAACUCAGAAAGGGACGCCCCACUUGCAAAAAAGAUGAAGACGAGGAGAAAAAGAAGAGUUUAAACCCCAAGUACAAAUUUAUUAAUAUUCAAAUGGAAAAGCUAGAGAACAUGUACAUAGUUUUAUCUGCUGAAGAUGGAAUGAACUUUGGCAAGCAAGUUGAUGAAUUUGAGAGAGACUUUCAAAAAUUAAGAGCAGACAUUAGAGAUAUAAAGGAUAGUAUUAAAAAGAGAGCAGAAGCACUUGAAUUGAAUGACUAGAAAAAUGCAUAAAUAGUUUAACUGAGAUAUUAAAUUUAAAGGCAACUUGAUGAGGCAUUUACAUUCUAUAAGACUCUUUAAUCAAUUCUAAGGUAAAAACGCAAAACUUAUAAAGAGGAGGAAUUAAAGAAUAAACAAGAUAGACUGGAGAGACUACAUGAUAAUUUAGAGGUAUUAAAAGACGUUUAUAAUGACUAAAAUGCAUUUGAGCAAGGCAAAAUGGGAGUGAAGGUUAUGAAUGAUGCAGACAUAGAGAAUUAAAUGGUUUUUUUAUCAAGGAAAGAGAUGAAUGAGAGAGCCAAAAAGUAUGAAGAUUAAGAAGAUGAUGAGGAUGCAUUUAGAGAUAUGAAUGAAUACGAAAAUGAAUUGAUGAAGAAAUUUGAUGAAAAUGAUUAAGAAAUUGACGAUAUGCUUGACAAAGUCAUCGAAAUGGUUGAUGUUAUCAAUAUAAAGGCUUAAAAUAUAGGAACAUCUAUCAAAACCUAGGCUGAAUUAAUCAAGCAAGUAAAUAAUAAAGCUGAAAAAGCCAGAAAAAGAUUAUAGAAAAGAGCGAGUGCUCUUUAAGAUGUUCUAGAAAAGUAUAGAAAAACUAACAAAAUGUGCAUAGAUAUGAUUCUAGUAGUAGUUUUCCUGAUAUUUAUCGGAGUAUUAAUUGGAAUUCUAAAGAAAAAGGGCUACUUUUGA